CAGCAAAAUUUUUCCUUUUUCUCAGUGGACUCAAAGAUGCACGAAAGCAUAUCAGGCAGCAGGACACAAAUGGCCUUAGCAAAAAGUACUUUGGAGUCCCAAGAAAGUAAUUUCCUUCAAACGGUUUUAUCAUCAGUUACCACUCCUUUUGAUGUGACAUUAUUUAACCAAGAAGAAACGGUCAGGAUGUCAGAAGGGAGAAGUACGCCGUUGGUAGAUGACUCUGUAACAAGCAAUGAGGCUUUCUUAAGUGACGAUGAAUUUAUUAGUUCAUUUCCAAAGGCACAGUGGACUCCUCCACUGAAGUCUUUUGUAGUUUUAACAGAUCAUCACUCAGUUAAUACAGUAGAGCCACCAAGAGAAAUGUUAGAAACUGGUUUGCUAACACCUUCAUUAUCUGUCCUUUUUUCACCAUAUGACAUCUCAAAAACAGCAGAGCAGAAGACUCCAUUGAGCACUGUCCCUGAACACAGUAACGCUCCGACUGAAUCAAAGCCUUUUGUACCAGAUAGUGAAAUGCUAACACCAAGCAGAGACGUGCAGUUGUACCCUCCAAAUACAGCUAUUUAUUUGACUUCCAUUCUUUCAGAGGCAGGAGUUGCAGUGCAGAAAAACAUAAAUGCAAGUUUAACAGCUUUGCCUUUUGGGGCUGCUUCAGAAAGGUCAUCUUUUCUUCUCAAGCUGCUGGAUGAAACCAAUCUGGCGACCGCAGGUGCCACAGCACAAAGUGCAGAUCUGUAUGGUGACGUUUAUGCUGAUGCAAGUAGCAGGGCAGCAGAAACUCUUAGUCUAAGGACCUACCCCUCUCCAAGCAUUCCCUGGGCCAUGCUGACUUCAGCAGCCAGUGCUGAGCCUGCUUUGUUUCCUGUUAGUCUUCCACUUGCGUCUUUCCUGCUUCACUCAGCUGCCAUUUCCGUGGACUCUAUUAGAGUUCUUAAUGCCAGCCUGUUUACACAUGAAUCCUCCAGUACAGCACCAAAUUUGCCUGCCGGUUCAGAAGUACCAAGUCAACCAGAGCUUUUCAGUGAGCUCUUGAGUCCAGUGCCUUUCACAAGAUCAUACAGUUCUUGUCUGUAUUGUGACUCAGUUUCACUUCUGCCUGAAGCAGGCUUUUCCCCAGAACAGGACGUGGGCUCAGGUGAUUAUGUUGAAACUUUGUCCAUCAAAGCCUCUGAAGUACAAGGCGUAACUCCAUUUACAACUAUAAUUACUGACGAGCAUGAACUAGAGGAGCCUAUGCCUGAGACUUUUGAUACUUCUUUUCCAUCAAGACCAGUUGUUUCAUUUUCUUCAAGAUUUGCAGAAAUCCCUGAUUCAAGUAUAUUUUUAUUAAGCACUGUGGACACUGUCCUUUACACUAGAACACCUAUAACAAUUUCUCCUUCUGACUAUCAGCUUGCUGAAGGAACAUCACUGAGCAUCUCUGUUCCUCAGUUUUCCCUCCCUGUUCUGGAAACAGCUUCAUUGACACCAAGCACUCACACAGAACUUCCUGGUGCCACCACCGUUCUGUUUGACUCUACCUUCAUUCAGAGUGAGCCAGUAGCAUCAUUUGCAGUCAGUUAUACAACUUUGCUGGAGUUGCCAGAAUUAAUGCCAUCAGCAUCUGUGGUUUUGCUUGACAAGACGUCUACAAGGGAGGAACCGUCUUUAAGUAUUUUGGAUUUCUCAUCCAGUCUUUUAUCAACACCAUUUCUUAUUGAACCUAGCUACUUCUCUCUAUCAUUGGCCAUGCUAAAUUCUUACUCUGUUACGGAAAGUGAUUUAUCAACACUCUUACCUCAGACCUCGUUGAUUGGAACGUCAGUAUUUUCUGAGGAUGUUUCCAGCUGGGACUUCACUACCACUGUCAGCUCAGCCACUGAUUCUGAGGUUUCUCAGUUCCCUCUCAGCCAAACAUCAUACUUGUAUUCAAAUGCAUCCUCUGUUCCAGGUGCACGUCUUCCUGAAAUAAUGCCGUCAUCAGAUUUUCACUCUGGGUCGUCUGUGUUUCUUGAAGCACCCUCAGUAUUGCCAUCAGGCUCCGAAGUUGUGUUUACCUCAGCUGUUACAGGAGCUACCUCUCAGCUGGAGCCUUCACUCUCCACCUCUCACUCUCUGGUUACUACUCUGGUGCUGCCUGCUUCCAACACCCAGUCUCUUACCAGCAGCAUCUUGCUCAAUGAAACAAAUCUGAUCUCUUUGUUUACUACCUUUCCAGCAACUCCUGUCUUAAGUGUAUCUUCAUCUGUGCUCUCAACUGCUCUGGCUUCUGAUGAGGAUAUUGGUGCUACAGUUAGCCCCACGCUGCUUUUAACAUCUCGCAGCGAGGGCAGUGCCCACACAACCCUUCCUUCUGCAGACCUUGACAACCUGACGUCAAGGGUUGACACCAUCAGUGUGAUGCCCUUUCCUACAGCAUCUCUGUCAGUGACGACAUUGUUUGCUCCCACCCAGUUUCGUCCGACUUCUACCCCUGCCACUGAAUACGAAGUUCCAGCAGGAAGCAGUGUAACUUCUGGUACUGGUACAUCGGCUGCUUCCACCACUGUCCCCACGACCACAGCCACCAGUGCUGCGGGCAGCCACAGCACAACUGCUGCUGACAGCCUGCCGACAUUCUCCUCCACCCCUCUGGUGACUACUUCUCCAUCUGAACCUGUGGUUGUAACCUCUGCAGUGAGCACUACCAGGCAACCCUAUGUCUGCGACAUCACGGUUCCUGAUGCUUACUUAGUUACUGCAGUGCUGGCACGAAGAGCUGUUCUACAAAAUGUCAGUGAAUCCAUCAAAGAAGUGCUCAGAGUUCAGUUCAGGCGAUCAGUAGAGCUAGAG